AUGAGAAUACAGAAGAUUGUGCAACCAAAUGCAUUGCAGUAUCUUCGUGGCUUUCGAGAAGCUGAUACAUGGCGAGCUCAAGUUUUUCCACCCAUUUCAUCUCAACAAAAUGGUCCACAACACAAUUCUACCAAUUCAAACUCCUUUUUACCGCCUAGAAUGCCUUAUCCACCGCCUUCUGCACCGAACUCUUUUACUCCACCUCCAAUUACAAAUAAUUAUCAAUAUCAACCAAUGCAGUCUCCUUUAUCUUCACCAAUGCAGCCUCCGUUAUCUUCACCAAUGCAGCCUCCUUUAUCUUCAUCACUGCAGCACAGGCCAUUGUAUCCUCCUCCGACAGCGUAUAAUUCACUUCCGUCUUCACCUCCUCCUCCACCCACAUCUCUAGCUCCCCAACCAUACAAUCCUCCCACAGUAUUUCCUCAACAUCCGACCCAACCGCUGAUAACAUCAUCUGCUCAACGUCCUUCUUAUCUGCCGACACCACCAAUGCCCGUUAUUGAAAAUAAAGCAAGCGUUUACAAUAACGAAAUGAUUGAUUUGCUAAAAGCAACAAGCGUUGUUAGUAGUUAUGUCGAAGAAGCUCCAACAUCUUCAUUAUUAUCAGAGGAUAACCAACAAAUGAAUUGUAGUUCUGAUGUAAUUCAAGGAACAAAAAUUGUCCGAUGUGAUUCGUGCAAAUCUUACAUAAAUCCGUUUGUCACUUUUCUCGAUAAUACACGUUGGCGAUGCAGUAUUUGUUUCCGUGUAAACAAUCUACCACAAGAAUUUUUGUUUGAUCCAGUAACAAAAACGUAUGGUGAUCCAGCUCGACGUCCGGAAGUUCGGUUCGGAACUGUGGAAUACACAGCUACAGCCGACUAUAUGGCACGACCACCACAGCCUGCUAUGUAUUUAUUUCUAUUGGAUGUUUCGCAUAAUGCUGUACAAACAGGAUAUUUGCAAUCAUUUUGUGAUAUUUUAUAUGAAAAUCUUGGCGUAUUACCUGGAGAUGCACGUACACAAAUUGGUUUUCUAACGUUUGAUAGCCGUUUACAUUUUUAUGAUUUAUCAGAAAGACAAAAUGGAACAUUUCGAAUGAUGAUUGCACCAGAUUUAGAGAAUAUUGAAAAUGAUUUUCUUCCAUUGCCGGAUGGUCUAAUGGUGACAUUGAGCGAAAAUCGUUCAGCUGUAGAAACGUUUUUAAAUGAAUUACCAAAAACAUUUAAAGAAAAUUAUGAAACAGAUUCGGCACUCGGUGCCGCGCUACAAAUAGCUCUCAAAUUAUUGAGUCCAACUGGUGGACGAGUGACUGUUGUUCAAACAAGAAUACCAAAUAUAAAUCCGGGUAGUUUACAAGCACAACAGACUCAAGGUGGAGGAGGAAAAGAACCAACAAAUGUUUCACCAACAUCAGAUUAUUAUAAAAAAGUAUCAUUAGACUAUGCAUCACAACAAAUUGCAUGUGAUUUAUUUUUAUUGAAUAGUCAUUAUGCCGAUUUGGCAACAUUAAGUUGUAUUUCAAAAUAUUCUGGCGGUGAAAUAAAAUAUUAUCCCGGCUAUCAUUCCGUACAAAGUCCAAAUGAGGUUGAACGUUUUGAAAAUGAUCUUCGUCGUUAUUUACAACGUAAAAUUGGUUUCGAGGCGGUUAUGAGACUAAGAUGUCCACCAGCAUUAUCUAUUCAUACAUUUCAUGGCAAUGGUUUUGUACGCUCGGUUGAUUUACUUGUUUUACCAAAUAUAAAUCCUGAUGCAGCAUUCGGUAUGCAAGUGUCGAUCGAAGAUUCGUUAACAAAUUAUACAACAGUGACAUUUCAAGCAGCAUUAUUAUAUACAUCGAGUAAAAGCGAACGACGUAUUCGUGUACAUACAUUAUCCCUGCCAGUGGGCUCAAUUUUAUCAGAGAUAUUUACUAAUGUGGAUCAAGAAGCAGUUGUUUCACUCGUAUCUAAAAUGGCGACCGAUCGUUCAUUACAAUCGUCAUUACAAGAAGCUCGUGAAGCAAUGUGCAAUGUUGCUGUUGAUGUUUUAAAAGCGUGCGCAACUCACGCAUCGAAUCGUGCAUUCACCUUAUUUGUUCCACCCUCAUUGCGUCUAUUACCAUUGUACAUGUUAAGCAUGAUAAAAUCCGUCGGUUUUCGUACUGGCUCUGGUUCACGCUUAGAUGAUCGUGCUUAUUUUCUUAGUUUAUGCAAAACAAUGCCAACGCAAUAUUUGAGACAAAUAUUUUAUCCAGAUUUGUAUCCUAUUCAUACAAUUGAAGAUAAAAAUCACGUAAUUCAAGAUGGAGAAGAUGAAGUGCACAUACCUCAACGCGUUCAUUUAUCAUUUCAACAUAUUGAUUCGCAUGGUGCAUAUAUUAUGGACGCUUGUGAAUAUAUUUAUAUUUACAUUGGAAAAGCCAUUAGUGAUCAUUUUGUUCAAAAUGUGUUUAACGUACAAACAUUUUCCUCUUUACUAUCAGACUCGUAUUCGUUGCCUGAAUUAGAUAAUUCUUUAUCAGUAAAAAUUCAGAAUUUUUUAUCAUAUCUAAUACAAGAUAGACCCCAUGGUGUAGCUAUACACAUUCUAAGAGAAGACAGUCCAAAUCGUUAUUUAUUUACUCGCCAUUUAGUGGAUGAUAAAUCCGAAUCGACAAUGUCUUAUGUGGAAUUUUUACGCUACGUUCAAGAGUUUCGAGCUAUUUGGAUUGCAACAGUGGCCAACAUUGACUGGCCAAGCAAUAAAACUAGUACGCCUAGUCAACAACAACAAGAAUUAAUUAAUAUCUUAAACAUGGUGCAAAAUUUAAAUAUGAAUGCUGUUGUGUUUCAGAUAAGACCAGCUGGUGAUGCUCUUUAUGCGUCAACCUUAGAGCCAUGGAGCUAUUGGUUGACUGGGACGCAUAAUCAAGCGCCAAAUCCACUGUGGGAUCCAUUAACCUUUAUCGUUCAAGAAGCACAUCGUCGUGGCAUAGAAGUACAUGCUUGGAUUAAUCCGUAUCGUGCUCUAACCAAAGAUGAAACAUAUGAAUUAGCACCAACACAUAUGGCCAAACGUUUUCCGCAAUAUGCCUAUAAGUACGCUGGUUACAUCUGGAUGGAUCCAGGCUCUAUUGAUUUACAAAACUUUAUUGUAUCUGUCGUUGAAGAUGUAGCACGCCGUUAUGAUAUUGAUGGUAUACAUAUUGAUGAUUAUUUCUAUCCUUACUCUGAUGGAACAGAAUUUCCCGAUCAAAAUACCUAUAUAACCUAUCAACAACAAGGUGGACUUCUCAGUAAAGAUGAUUGGCGUCGAUCAAAUGUUAAUAAUCUAAUUCAAUCACUUUAUACGCAAAUGCAUAUUAUCAAACCAAAAAUUAAGUUUGGUAUCAGUCCAUUUGGCAUAUGGAAAAGUGGUAACCCACCGGGAAUAUCGGGUUUAUCAUCGUAUGAUAGUUUAUAUUGUGACAGUCGAAUGUGGCUAGAACAAGGUCUUGUCGAUUAUUUGACACCACAACUCUAUUGGGCAAUCGAUCCACCACAGCAAAGUUAUCCAGCAUUAUUAAAUUGGUGGUUAAAUCAGUCAACUAAAGGUCGUCAUGUUUAUCCAGGCAAUGCGGCUUAUCGACUAGAUCCAUCAUCUACAAAUUGGCCAGUAACGGAAAUCAUUCGACAAGUGAAUAUUACUCGUUCUUUGAGAGAUCGUUUAGCAUUAGGAAACGUCUUUUUUUCUACAAAACAAAUCAUGAAUAAUCUAAAAGGUUUACAAACGGAAUUAAUGAAUCUCUACAAAGAAAAGGCUAUCAUACCAAAAAUGAACUGGCUGUAG